CGUACGCCCAGCUGGGAACUACUAAUUGCUAAGAGCUCAACGAAAAGACUAACUGUGUGCCUUCGCUACUUGUUAUUAAUUUAUAUAAUACGAUUUCAAUCAUAUAGUACAUAAAUAUUUUGAUAAACUACGCGUAGCAUGAAACAGCGAAAUCGUAGGAAUAGUAAAGCACUCAAACGUCUCCAGCAGCCAGAUAAUAAAAAUCAAAAUUGUUGCUUGAGUAAACGUUGCAACUAUGAAAAUAUUUGGCAGCAUUUCAAUAGCAAUGCCACUCUUGAGGAAAUUCGACAUGCGGCCGCCCGUAUUUGCCGAGACUAUCUAACUGGGCCCUGGAAAGUGGUUACUCCAGAGAAUUUAGUGGUGAAGCGCAUAAGUGGCGGGCUGUCAAAUUUCUUGUAUUACGUAAGCCUUCCCGAUUUAAAUGACUACGAUGAGCUGGAGGAACAGAAUAAGCAUCAGGAAAAUGUCAACGUCAGCGAAGACUUCAUAGAGGCCACCGCAACUGUGACCAAUAGAAGCGGGGGUUUCACACACCACGAUGAGUCGGCUGCCAAGGUGGUGGGCGUAACAUUGAUGGCGAGGGAAUUAAUAAAUAACGAGGACGUAGCUGACGCAGCUCCUAGCGCCAUACAAGCAUACAAACGUCAGCGAUGCGAUAGUGAUAGUCGCGACUCCAGUUCUUCGAAACGAUUGCACACCCCCAAGCAGGAACCCCGUGAGGUCCUUCUGCGAAUCUAUGGUCAGACCCAUGGUGAUCACGCGCUGGAGAGCAUGAUUACCGAGUCCGUGGUUUUCGCACUUCUCAGUGAACGGAACUAUGGGCCCAAACUGCACGGAAUCUUUCCGGGCGGACGCAUUGAACAAUACAUUCCGGCGCGCGCAUUGAUCACAGCAGAAUUGGGAGAGCAACGAAUAUUAAAGAGAGUGGCUGAGAAAAUGGGUGAAAUCCACAGUCUCAAUAUACCCAUGUCUAAGGAGCCCGAUUGGAUUUGGAAUUGUAUGCAGCGUUGGGUUUCCGGUUUAGAGAGCAUUGUUAACGGCAGUGUCAAAACGAAUCCAAAAUCUUCGGUACUAAAAAAACAAAUGGAAUUGAUGCGGACUUUUGACUACGUUCAAGAGAUGGCCUGGAUUAGGUCGAUUAUCGAAGAUGGAGAUUAUCCAGUUGUGUUCUGUCACAAUGAUCUGCAAGAAGGUAAUAUUCUGAUGCGACAACCGACAGGCCAAAACGAACGGACCCCCCGGGAGUCUAUCAGUAGCCUGAGAUCAAACUUCGACGAAACUUUGGGUGAUAGCCUUGAUGGAAAUAGCAAUAUAUCGGAUACGGAGACACACAAAUCACAUUGUGCGUCGCCUUCACCAUGCCCGGAGUUGGACACUACGAAUGACUCAGCCCUGGAUGCCAGCUUCAUAGCCGAUAAUGAGCCGGAUCUUAUUAUCAUCGACUUUGAGUAUUGUGCCUACAACUACCGUGGCUAUGAUCUUGCCAAUCAUUUUAUUGAGUGGACUUUCGACUACACCAACCCACAGUUCCCUUACUUCUACCACAACCCCAGCAACUGCGCAACUGUUCAGCAACGGCGCGAUUUCAUUGUAAACUAUUUAAAGAAGUAUCACGAUGACGAGAACUAUAAUAUCACUGGUCAGGAGUUGAUAAAGGUAGACGCUGAGAUUCAGUUCUUUACAAUGCUGUCUCAUCUGUUCUGGAGCCUUUGGUCCGUAAUUAAUGUCACAUCGGCGAUUGAGUUUGGUUAUUGGGAAUAUGGUAUUGCUCGAAUUUUGGAAUAUCAAAAGCUAAAGGCAGCUUAUCAAGCUAAUUAAGUCAAAUAUCUGAACCUUCAUAUAAUUCGAAUCAGAACCAUAGUUAAUUAGCCUAGACAUAAUUGACCUUUUAUAACUGUCCGCGUUUGUCCGUGUCUAGAAAUAAUUUUAACUGAAAAUGUUUGAAUAGUUCAUACAAAACAUUAAAUAACAUCGAACUAUUUAAAAAGACUAUUGAAAUUUAUAAUGAGUAAUUUCGUUUACAUAAUUGAAAAUGACUGCUGUGAUAAUUGCGUGAAACAGGUUACAGAAAAAAACAACUACAACAAUUUUACUUUGUUUUAAUUGUUUUUUUGUCCUUGGCAAUUUCCACGUACACGAGGGUGGCCAAAUAAUUCCACGAUAUUUACGGAAUAAUUGUUGUUUCUAUUGCGAAAUUGGUAAGAGAUUGUUUCUCUACCAGCAGAGAUGAAAAGUAUUACAGGCAGCAUCCAACCCAUCCUUUAACAUUUUAUUAAAAGCAGGCUUGUUCAACGAUUAAAUAGAGUAAAUAGAGUUAAAUAGAGUUCCCCAUAAACAAACACGUUAUAUAACUUUCGAAUUUAUGCCUUUUUUAAUUACAUGACAUUUAAGUUGAAUCGUUUUUUUUUUUUGCAUUUUUCUUACCAUUUGCCACAUUAUAUGAUUUCUUUACAGCAAAGUUUUAGUAGUUUUUUAUAUUAAUAUUAAUUUUUUCGAUUUUAUUAAUUUGACAUUUGUAAAUGCCUUAUCCUUCUAUGUAUCUUAAAAACGGUUCCAUUUAAUACA